AUAAUGGCAUAUACCACUCGGUUGACUGUGUAUCCAUUGAGUCUUAAGUGCAUUCGGGUAGAAAGUAACUAAUUUUUUUUUUAUCAGUAAAAUAGAAAUUAACUAAUGUUGACAGCUGGUAGAAGUUGGUAAUUAGAAGGGAGGCUAAGGUAGUAGGUCGGUAGCCUUCUCUUCUCUAAUAAAUGCCUAUAAUUGAUCUUUUUUCUGGUUUCUGUCGUGAGUCGUGUCGUGACCAUCUCAUCAUGGGCAACUAUUACUGUUGUCUAAGCUACUUUCCUCAUUGUCGGCCUCCAUUCUCAACAUCCCUGGUAUAUUUUUGUCCGCGUUUGAUAAUAAACUUUUGAAUUGUGGUUGUUACAAUCAAAGUUUCCAGAAUGGCAGGAAGAAUAUUGUAAGAAAAGAAGGCGGUAAAGAGAUAUGUAGAGCACAAUUUCCAUGUCCUGCUACUCCAACAAAGGGUGUUCGGUUUCCUAAAAUAAGUUAUAUAUACAAGCUCGAUUCACCAAAGUAAUUCACUACCAGAUCUAAUAAAUGUAUCAUGUGACCACCAUAGUUUACUGAAGUAGCCAAGAAAGCCUUUUAUUUUUUACUCUUCUCCUGCUAUCUUUGUUCUAUUUCUUUCUCUCUAUUAAGGGUUGAUAAAAUUGACAAGAAACGAGAUAAGAUAGAGAAGAGGGGACUUUCUUAUAAUCAUCAUUCUAAUAGGAAGUAAGGCUGAAAAGAAACCGUAUGUAAGUAACAAAAGCAGAAAAAAAAGUGAAGACCACCUUUCUAGAAUUUGUUUUUCUGCUCAGAUACUUGUAGGUUGGAUCCAAUUGCUGGUGCAUUGAACAAAAAGCCGCCAAGAUUAUGGUGAUUCUUUCCACGUUGCCACCAAACUAUUCAGUUUUCUUUCACCGAAGUGCUCCUUUUUUGCCAUCAAAGUUUCCAUCGAGAGUUGCUUGUCACAGAGAUGUUUCUCUAACACCCCAAACGACUUUUAGCAUACAACGGAGAGAAAAACAUGCAAACCAUAGUUGCAACAAAUUUUUUAUCCAUGCUGCAAGGAAUGAUCAUCAUAUAAGCUAUGAUGAUGGCUUGCCUGAAGAGCCCUUUUUGCUAUCAUUGAUCAAAGAUGUCAUAUGGGGGCUAAAAUAUUUAUUUGUAUUUUUGGCUGAGCAACCUAGCCAGCUGAAAUACGUGGAGUGGCCAAGUUUUAGCAGUACGCUGAGGACAGCGAUUCUGACUCUUAUCCUGGUUGCGUUGCUUAUUGUUGCAUUAUCAUCUGUUGAUUCGGCUCUCUGCUAUCUUCUGGCUCUAGCUCUUAGGAAAAAACCAUAACCUGGUGGUGUUGCCAAUGGUACCAUAAUAUAUAAGCAUUUGAUCUGAUGCUUGUAAUUUAUGUAAGGUCUAUCCUUAUUACCAUGUAAAUCUUAACUCCUAUUUUGAACUGGAAUGGAUUAUGUUAUUCAAGAACCUUUUAUCAAAGCCA